UCCUGCCUGCUGCAUCGCCGCUCACCACCUAGUGAAACUGAUGUACACUGGCACCAACCUCUCAGUGGACAAUUAAACAGGAAGAGAGAAGGGACAGGCUCAUUCACACAGAGUAAGACCGGCAAAGUUAUUGGGAUUGCGACAAGAAAACCCCGCACUAGCUUUAUACAGAGAACACUCGUACAAAAGAGCAUCACAGGCUUACUGUACAGUACACUCACAUAUACCGCUCUGUUGGUAGGUGUGGAAAGAUUCUAAGGAAAACAGCUGAAUUGGAAUAUUUCACUUCUUCAUAUAGAGUGAAGACUUCUGAGUUUUGUUCAUCAUAUUGUCUGUUCCAGUGACUUUCUUCAAAAUCAAAGCUUCAAUUAAAGGAGGUACUGCAGGGCGUGAGGAUGAACGGCAGCCAAUCAAACCUGUCUCUGAAGUGUGUGCGUGACACCAGCGUGACGGCGGUGGUCUUCCCCUGUCUCUACAGCGCCCUCUUCCUCUUUGCGCUGGUACUCAACUGCCUGGCUGCAUGGAUCUUCUUCAACAUCCGUAGCACCACCACCUUCGUGGUCUACCUGAAGAACGUAGUGGUGGCAGACCUGCUGAUGACUCUGUCCAUCCCGGUGAAGGUCCUUGCGGACGCCGACGUGGGCUCCUGGCGUCUGCGUGCGUUCUACUGUCGCUACUCUGCCGUCCUCUUCUACACCACCAUGUACAUCAGCAUCCUGCUCCUGGGGCUCAUCAGCCUGGACCGUUACCUCAAGAUAGUCAGGCCCUUUGGGAAGUGCGCCCUCCAGAGGGUCGGAGUGGGACAGGCUUUGAGUGCUGCCGUCUGGGCUGUGAUGGUGGCUCUGGCUCUGCCCAAUGCUAUUCUGAGUGACCGUAAACCGUCGCUCUCUGGCGGUCGGCUGAAGUGUGCCUCUCUGAAGGGUCCGGCCGGUAUGCUGUGGCACGAGGGCUUCAACUACUUCUGCCAGGUGGUGUUCUGGGGAACACUGGCUCUGAUGCUGUUUUGUUACACCUUCAUCAGUCGUAAAGUCUACGAGUCCUACAAAGCCUUGCGUAGUGGCUCCGACGCGGCCAGCCGCAGGACCAAGGCCAAAGUCUUCGUGGUAGUGGUGGUGUUUUUCAUUUGUUUCGCCCCUUUUCAUUUCGCCAGAGUGCCCUACACUCUCACCCAGACGCGAAAAAUAGCCAACCAAUGCUGGGCGCAGAACGCGCUCUACGUUGCCAAGGAGACCACUCUCUGGCUCUGUGCCACUAACGUGUGUCUGGACCCGCUGAUCUAUGUGUUCCUGUGCAGGGUGUUCCGGAAAAGAUUGACAGCCAUGCUCAAUCGCAAGCCCCUCCCCCAGGGUGCUUUGGAGUCGCCCACGGCAACCUCUACACAUUUGGAGAUGUCACAGGUGGUGAAUAACAGAAUGUUGGAUGUCAGUACGGCCUAGAAGCACAAUGGACAUGAUCAUUUUAUUUUGUUUUUCUCCCAGCCUUGUUGAAUUGUAGAUCUAUCUUGGCCUGAUGUUAACCCUUGGACAGAUUGUGACCAGAGUAAAUCCUUCAAAGCAGCUUUGGAUAAGUGGCUCUGUUUACUAAGACGAUGUUGCAGGUCUAAUAGGCUAUAAACAGCAGGGUUCCCACAUCACCUCUGUGAUAAGCAUUCUGAAACAAAAUGGCUGGUGUGGACAUAAGAUAAACAAACUGACUCAGGGCUUUUCCAAAUAUCAUGUUAACAAUCAUCCACAAGAGACAACCCAGGCUAAUGUGUCCGUUUCUAACGUUCGCCAAGUCAUUCAGUCUUUUUCCUCAGCGUAGCUUACUGUCAGCUCUCACUUCCCUUUCUCUAAUCUUCUCCAAACUGAACCUUCCUUCUUCAUUCAUUUCACCAGAAAGGAAAACAACUUGACUGAGAGCUUUUAGAUAAAGUGAGUGUGACAAUUACAUGCAGGAAAAAAAUAGAAUGUUCUUUGUGUGUAUCGUAUGGGGCGAUACCGUCACGAGUUAAAAUUCAUUUACGAUCUAAAUGUUGUUCAAAAACACAUUAACUCACACAACUCCUGCAAACACCAAUCUGUACACAAAUACUGAAGAGUGAAAAUGGUUGGUUUAAUAAAGAUUCAAAGUUA